AGUGUAGGCGGGUUGAUCAGAUUAGCACAAUAAGUUUGAGGCAGGAGGAUAAAGUUACAGCGACUCUAAACAUCAACACUUAACACAGAGUCGCUGCUGUCUGUGAGAAAAUGAGCAGCGGUGGCACCCGACGCAGGACUGCAUCAGUGCCGGACUCGGAUCCCGACGGAGAACCAGCGGUUACCCUAAAGAAAGAGAUCGGACUUCUCAGUGCAUGUGGGAUUGUCGUGGGUAACAUCAUUGGGUCUGGGAUUUUUGUCAGUCCGAAGGGUGUUUUGGAAAACUCUGGUUCAGUAGGUCUGGCUCUCAUAGUGUGGAUCCUCACAGGCAUCAUCACUGCCAUCGGUGCUCUGUGCUAUGCUGAACUAGGAGUCACAAUCCCAAAGUCAGGUGGAGAUUAUUCCUACGUUAAUGACAUCUUUGGAGGGCUUGCUGGGUUUCUGAGACUGUGGAUUGCAGUGUUGGUCAUCUAUCCAACUAACCAGGCUGUGAUUGCCCUCACAUUUGCCAAUUACGCAUUGCAGCCCCUCUUCCCGUCCUGCUUUCCUCCGGAGAGAGCUCUGGGUUUACUGGCCGCUGUCUGUCUGUUGCUGUUAACUUGGAUUAACUGCUCCAGUGUCCGCUGGGCAACGCGUGUUCAGGAUGUUUUCACCACAGGCAAGCUCCUCGCCCUCGGUCUCAUCAUCAUUAUGGGCAUCGUGCAAAUCUGCAAAGGUCAUUUUUAUUGGUUGGAACCGGAGCAUGCAUUUCACCCUCUCCAGCCAUAUGACAUGGGCCGCAUUGCACUCGCUGUUCUGCAGGGAUCCUUUGCUUAUGCAGGCUGGAACUUCCUUAAUUAUGUAACAGAGGAGCUGAUCGACCCCUACAGGAACCUUCCUCGUGCGAUCUUCAUCUCAAUCCCUCUGGUCACGUUCGUCUAUGUAUCAGCAAAUAUUGCAUACGUUACAGCAAUGAGCCCCCAGGAGUUACUGGCCUCCAAUGCUGUAGCUGUGACAUUUGGUGAAAAGCUGCUAGGCGUGAUGUCAUGGCUCAUGCCCAUCUCUGUUGCUCUGUCCACCUUCGGAGGGGUGAAUGGAUCCCUUUUCACAUCAUCUAGGUUAUUCUUUGCAGGUGCGAGGGAGGGUCAUCUUCCCCGUCUGCUGGCAAUGAUUCAUGUGAACCGCUGUACACCCAUCCCAGCUUUGCUCAUCACCUGUAUAUCUACUCUGCUGAUGCUGUGUGUCAGUGACAUAUACACCCUCAUCAACUACGUUGGCUUCAUCAACUACCUGUUUUAUGGGGUCACUGUUGCCGGGCAGAUUGUGCUUCGCAUCAGAGAGCCAGACAUAUAUCGGCCAAUCAAAGUGAGCUUGGCAUGGCCGGCAGUUUUCCUGAUUUUCUGGGCUUUCCUGCUGAUCUUCUCUCUGUACUCGGAGCCUGUGGUGUGCUGUAUUGGUCUGGCCAUCAUGCUAUCUGGGGUUCCUGUGUAUCUGUUUGGCAUCUAUUGGGAAAAUAAGCCCAAGAGCUUCAGUUCUUUUGUUGCCAGACUGACACACUUGGGGCAGAAGUUGUGCCUGGUGGUUUACCCUGGCGAGGACAGAGAAGAUGGAAAUGAAGACAGAGAGGAAGAUGGAUAGGAUUACAGCAAGAAGAGCAGGAAUGUAUUACUGACCAGGCCAAUGGGGCUAGUGACUGUCAGGAGCCAGAGAGGCCCCUGGGCUUCAAGGUUGCACCAUCCAGUUUUUGCAAAUCCCAACAAUGGAAACAAAUGCUUAAAUGUAUGCUAAAUAAAGAGAAAGAAAGGAUACCAAUGGCACAGAGAGACUUCCAAACUCUCUUUUGUCAUGAUUAAGAUUAAACUGAUUUAAUUUCGAAAUGUAUAAAGUUUAAUUCGGUUGGUCAAUUGUCUUUAACAUAUCCUCCUUUAAAUAUUAAACUGUUUAAAUAGUUGCUUAAAGGUACUUGAACUUGCUAGUCAAAUGAGACUUUUUUUGUUUUUAAUUAAAUGUAAUUAUUUGUAUUAUUUUAUUUAUAUAGAUUUUUGAAAAUUGUAAAGAAUAGUAAUAGUGCAAUAGCCCUUAUAGAGUGAUUCUACGGUGACAUCUUUUAUUUAUGUGAUGUAAUAAAUGUGUAUAUUUGUUGAUGCAUUAAAUACAGUAUGUGUAUAUGC